UAUAGCCGUAAGUGACAAUUAUCAGGGUUCAAGCACUUAAAGCCUUUAAAAUUUUAAGGUUUUAGGGUGUAGUCCAACCAAAAUGUAUGGCUAACACUAAAACACAUCCACGAUGGAGAACACGCUCACAAACACACAGAAAUGAAAUGGUUAAAUUUAUAUUAAUGCUCAUUAAAGAUGAUUAGAGACAGACACAUUUCAUUGCACAUUUAGAUUUCUGAAACAAAUGAUAGGCGACAAAACACUUAUUGCAAAUUAUUUUUUAAGAGUUUAAAUGCAAUUUUCAGUUUUGUAACCUCAAAACAUAAUUGGCAUAAUUGUAAAACCUGAUAUGUCUGUAUGAAUACAGUGGUAAACUUUUUAAAUGUGAUCAUACAUGCAGUGCUAAUGAAUUUAUCAUGUCUAAAUGCCAAUCUUAAAGAAAAAAAAAAACUGAAAAAUACUAUAUUAGUGAUUUUAAUGAGCCCAUUAGCUGUCUUCUGGAGCCAUAGUGGUUAUAAUUAAUGGGCCUCAUUUAUCAAACGAACGUAAAAACCAUCGUACAUUCAAGCGUAAAAUUGAUCUUACGACAAGAUUCACGUGUGAUUCAUUAAAUGUUCCUACGCAGCCAAUCUUGUCGUACGAUUAAUCGCUCUUUGAUAAAUGCGGCGGCUGAAAUCCAUCGUAAUUUACAUGUCACGCCCCUAUAAAUUCAGGGAGGUGAUGCCGCGCCCCUAUACAUUUUGCGAGAUGGCGAAACGGAAUCCCGUCAAAAAGAAAAACUUCUCUGAAUUAGAGCUUGACGUUUUAAUUACACAGGUUCAGUCAAACCAGCUAGUAUUGUUCGGCAGCUUAAAAAGUGGCAUUAAAGGAAGCCAAAAAAACGCAGUUUGGAACGAAAUAACAGCUGCCGUCAACAGCGUUGACGAUGUUAACAGAACAUCUGUUGAGGUGAAGAAGAAAUGGGCCGACCUCAAACUUUCAACCAAAAAGCGUCUUGCGGCCCUAAAACGCAGCACCACGCAAACUGGAGGAGGCCAGCCAGACCCUAGGUUUGUGCUGACUCCAACAGAGGAGCGUGUGUCUGCACUCAUCGGACCAGAAUCAAUUGUGGGAAUAAGUGUCGGAGGAGACACGGACGAGCAUGUUUCUAUCCAUGAGGAGGAUAUGUCAGAGGCAAGCACAAGCGGUACUCAUUCUACACAAACCAGCCUGGAGCCUGCCGCACAAAGCCAGCCAACCUCGAGCUGUCACACCGCACAUUCGUUCUCCACCCAAAGACCACGACAACCGUGGGUUGUGACAGCCGAGGUCCUGGCGAAACAAACAGAAAUAAUCCAGGGAAUAACAGCGAUAAAUCAUUCAUUAAUUGCAAUAAAUGAAACUUUAAAGCAAAUAAACGAGAAUCUAAAAACGAAAUCUCAAAAAUAAGAAUUAUUAAAGCGUUCUUUGUUUUUUUUUUUUUUAUCAGAAUGAAUGAGUACUUAAACAAAAUUGCAUUUAGAAACGAUCAACGAGUUCCUGGCGUCUCUGUACUGCCCUCAUAUGCGGUUGUGCUAGCCAUGGCUCUCUAGGCAUUCGCUCCUCCAGCAGCAUCUGAACAUCAUCUGGUACCCCGUUACCCUGAGCGAUGUUGUGUAGAACCCCACUGGCAAGGAUUAUGUCGCAGCUUUUCUGUGGUGAGUACAGUAGCGCUCCCCCCGCGGAACCAAGACAGAGCCAUCUGCCUUUAAGCAGUCCAAUGCAGCGCUCUACUGUGGAUCGUGUGCGUAUGUGCGCAGUGUUGAACCUGCGUUCCUGUUCUGUUGCAGGGUUUGCCAGUGGGGUAACCAGGUAUUCCGUGAGGGGAUAACCUUUAUCUCCUAUUUAGCGAAACAAAAAAAGUUAAUUUAUUGCAAUACUUUAAAAUACAGAAGCAGUACAAUGUAAAGGAUCAACUUAAAUCGAAAACAUUUUAAAAUGAAAUUAUUUUUCAUUAAAUUUUGACUCUUACAAAAAAUAUUUGGUUGAAAAAUGUUUGGAUGUUACAAAUAGGAUAUUACAUUAAAGGGACAAUUUAAGAUGAAAAAAUAAUUAUUUUGUGUUUUCAUCUUACAUUUUCCCUAUAAAGUAUGAAAAUGUAAAUUGAUUUUUUAGGUGUGACCAGUUAUAAGCAUUUUAUUUUUAGAACAGCUUUUCACAGUGUAGUAACUCACCAAGUAAAUGACUACGUCCCUGCAGUGCGCCGUCCCGUAACUUGAUGCCAACA